UUCCAGGCCCAGCGUCUGAACCAGGGAGUGCAACUCUCGGACUGGCCCCCUCGCCAAAUGGGGUGCGGCCGGGGGGGAAAUAACAGCUCAGAACCAGUAGUCGUGGACCCGGAGAGGGAGAAGGGGGCUGACGGUCCUCUCCCAGGUAGAGGCUCUGCUGCCUCCUCUCGUGUAGUCAGGGUGCGAACCCACUCCCGCCUCAGCGGCGGGCCCCGCGAUUGGCAUCCCCCACCCAGAGAGGCUGCGCCUGGCUGGAAGCAGGCAACCUUCGGGACAGGAGACAGGGUCAUGUGACCCUUUUCCCAGGGACAGGGGCCAUUCUAGCCGUUGCUCCUCUAUGAUACAAAGGGACCGGGUGGGUUCCCUCUCGCCUGUAGCUGGAGGACUGUGUCUCCUCCUUGUCUGUCGGGGCGGAGGAAGAUGGCGGCUGUGGUGAGGCAGGAGCUGGCCCAGCUAAUGAAUUCCAGCGGCUCUCACAAGGACCUGGCGGGGAAAUAUCGUCAGAUAUUGGAAAAAGCAAUUCAGCUAUCAGGAGUGGAACAACUAGAAGCCUUGAAAGCUUUUGUAGAAGCAAUGGUAAAUGAGAAUGUCAGUCUAGUGAUCUCACGUCAAUUGCUGACAGAUUUCUGUACGCAUCUCCCAAAUCUUCCCGAUAGCACAGCCAAAGAAAUCUAUCACUUUACCUUGGAAAAGAUACAGCCUAGAGUAAUUUCAUUCGAAGAACAGGUUGCUUCUAUAAGGCAGCAUCUUGCAUCAAUUUAUGAGAAAGAAGAAGACUGGAGAAAUGCAGCACAAGUGUUGGUCGGGAUUCCUUUGGAAACAGGACAAAAACAAUACAAUGUGGAUUAUAAAUUGGAGACUUACCUGAAAAUUGCCAGACUGUAUCUGGAAGAUGAUGACCCAGUUCAGGCGGAGGCUUAUAUUAACCGAGCUUCUCUGCUUCAGAAUGAAUCAACCAAUGAACAGCUACAGAUACAUUAUAAGAUGUGCUACGCUCGUGUCCUUGAUUACAGAAGGAAGUUCAUUGAAGCUGCCCAAAGGUACAAUGAGCUCUCUUACAAGAGCAUAGUCCAUGAAACUGAGAGACUAGAGGCAUUGAAGCAUGCUUUGCAUUGUACUAUCCUAGCAUCAGCAGGACAGCAGCGCUCUCGCAUGUUAGCCACUCUUUUCAAGGAUGAAAGGUGUCAGCAGCUUGCAGCCUACGGGAUCUUGGAGAAAAUGUAUCUGGACAGGAUUAUCCGAGGGAAUCAGCUGCAAGAGUUUGCUGCCAUGCUCAUGCCACACCAGAAGGCAACUACAGCUGAUGGGUCCAGUAUCUUGGACAGAGCUGUUAUUGAACACAACUUGUUAUCUGCAAGCAAACUAUACAACAAUAUUACUUUUGAAGAACUUGGAGCACUAUUAGAGAUCCCUGCAGCCAAGGCAGAAAAGAUAGCUUCUCAGAUGAUAACAGAGGGUCGAAUGAAUGGAUUCAUCGAUCAAAUUGAUGGAAUAGUUCAUUUUGAAACGCGUGAAGCUCUGCCAACAUGGGACAAACAGAUUCAGUCACUAUGUUUCCAAGUUAACAACCUUCUGGAGAAGAUUAGUCAGACAGUACCAGAAUGGACAGCUCAGGCAAUGGAAGCUCAGAUGGCUCAGUAAACCUAUACUUAGUCUUUUGACUGUAAUCUCCUUCUGUGCUGUACAGAUGAAAUCUACUAGGACUAUGAAAUGAUCACCUGAAAAUUAUAGCAAUAUACAGUCUUAUAUAAAACCCUGAAGUUUUGUCAGAAUACUCAAUAUGGUAUCACUGCAUGAGAAAUAUGCUUUGCUGUUUUGAAAGUUGUGGUGUAAAAGUACAGGAAGAAGUAAAAUCUUAAGAUUUGUGCAGCACAUACUGUUUCCUAAAUUGUGGACUCAUCACUUUCCAUUGGUGGUUGUGAAAAUAAGUGCCAUGUUCCUGUGAGUUAUGGUUAUUCCAAUAAAGGCAGGAAUGAGCCAAUUAGAUUCAACCUA